AGACUGGCAGUGAGAGCACCGGGAUAGAGAGAGAGCGGGGGGUAGUGCCGAGCACACCGGGCGGACCGGGAGAGAGAGAACGGGUGAAGCACCGGGAUAGAGAGAGAGAGCGGGGAAGUAACCGGGCGGAACGGGAGACGGAGCGAGAAUGUCCGGGACAGCCCUAUCCCCAGCCAUAGAGAUGCCGCGUCCUUUCCCCAAGGCCGCUCAGACGGAGGAGGAUGAGCAAGUGCGGAUUAUUGCGGAGAAGGUGUUUGCUUCAGCUAUCCGAGAGGAGGACACCAAAGAUGUACUGUCGAUGUUCGACAUCGCGGAGGAUUGCCCCAUCGGUAAACAAGAGGCGAAGGAGAGGGAGCUGCAGAGAGAGAUCGCCGAACAGCUGUCGGAGAUGUCAGUCAUAAGGAAGAAGAGUCUCCGCAUGAUCCGAUCCCAUUCGCUGUCCUUGCAGAUCUCAACGUUCGAUGGGGUGCUCUCAUUGGUCUCUCCGACCACGACGCCACAGAAGCCGAGUCAGAAUGUUCCUCCGCAGGAGCUCCCGCCGCCCUAUAAAGUGCCUGAGUUUCAACGAGUGACCAUCAGUGGGGAUUACUGUGCUGGGAUAACUGUGGACGACUAUGAACAUGCGGCGAAGGGGCUGAUAAAAGCUUUGUUCAUUCGGGAGAAAUACAUGCGCCUGGCCUACCAGACCUUCCCCAGAAUAACUGGACAGUACAUGCGCUCCACCAAAAAUGGCCAGUGGCUGGAGGAAGACGAGGUCUUGCCCGAAUUCCACCCACCUCCCAGGGACGGGGAGGAUCCGUACGACCUCAGCGACGCUCCGGAGAACCUGGAGUACGUGGCGAAGAUGAAGGAAGGCGUAAUCGUUGUUUACGAGAGUAAGGAGAUGCUGGAGCAGGGACUGCCUAAAAACCUCCCGUACCCUGACCUGGAGACCUUCACACUGGACCUGAGUCACGUGUUGGCGCUGAUUGCUGAUGGCCCCACGAAGACCUACUGCCACCGGAGGCUGAACUUCCUGGGCUCAAAGUUCGACCUGCACGAGAUGCUGAACGAGAUGGCGGAGCUGCGGGAGCUGAAGGGCGUGCCGCACCGAGACUUCUACAAUGUCCGCAAGGUGGACACACACAUCCACGCAGCCGCCUGCAUGAGUCAGAAGCACCUGCUCAGGUUCAUCCAGGAGACCAACAAGAAGGAGCCCGAUCGAGUGGUCCAGGAGAAGAAGGGCCAAAAGAUGACCCUCCGCCAGCUAUUUGAAAGCCUCAACAUGGACCCCUACGACCUCACCGUCGAUUCGCUUGACGUGCACGCUGGCCGUCAGACCUUCCAUCGAUUUGAUAAAUUCAACUCUAAGUACAAUCCAGUUGGUGCCAGCGAGCUGAGGGAGCUCUACCUCAAGACCGACAACUACAUGCAGGGCGAGUACUUUGCUCGCAUCAUCAAGGAGGUUUCGCGGGACCUGGAGGACAGCAAGUACCAGCACUCCGAGCCCCGGCUCUCCAUCUAUGGGCGCUGCCCUAGUGAGUGGGUCGACCUGGCCAGAUGGUUCAUCAAACACCGCGUCUACUCUCCCAACGUGCGAUGGAUCAUUCAGGUUCCUCGCAUUUAUGACGUAUUUCGAACAAAGAAAAUCCUGCCCAGUUUUGGGAAAAUGCUGGAGAAUGUUUUCCUGCCUCUGUUUGAAGCAACGAUAAAUCCCAGGGAAAAUCGAGAGCUUCACCUCUUCCUAAAAUAUGUGACGGGGUUUGACAGCGUGGAUGACGAGUCGAAGCAUAGCGCCCAGAUGUUCACCUUCAAGAGCCCCAGCCCCGAGGAAUGGACCCGGGAGCAGAACCCUUCAUAUAGCUACUACCUCUACUACAUGUACUCCAACAUCAUGGUGCUCAACAACCUGCGCAGGGAGCGGGGUUUGAGUACGUUCCAGUUCCGCCCUCACUGUGGAGAGGCCGGAUCCAUCACGCACCUCGUCUCCGCCUUCCUGACUGCGGAUAACAUCUCACACGGCCUCAACCUCAAGAAGAGCCCAGUUCUGCAGUAUCUCUACUAUCUCACCCAGAUUCCCAUCGCAAUGUCUCCCCUGAGCAACAACAGCCUCUUCCUAGAGUAUUCCAAAAGCCCCCUGCGGGAGUUCCUGCAUAAAGGCCUGAAGAUUUCCCUGUCCACUGACGACCCCAUGCAGUUCCACUACACCAAGGAAGCGCUGAUGGAGGAGUACGCAAUUGCUGCCCAAGUCUGGAAGCUCAGCACCUGCGACCUAUGUGAGAUUGCGAGAAACAGUGUGCUGCAGAGUGGCAUAUCUCACCAGGAGAAGCAGCACUUUCUAGGGGUGAACUACUUGAAGGAUGGGCCCGAGGGAAACGAUAUCCGGAAGACGAACGUGGCUCAGAUCCGGAUGGCUUUCCGAUACGAGACCCUGUGCAAUGAGCUUUCCUUCCUUGUGGAUGUGGAGAAAUCGCCGGAGGAGUGCAGCACACUGCACUAGCAGUGGUCGAUGCUCGAUCUAGGGCCAAACACAGGGCUGGACAGCACCAUCUCACUGUGAUUUUCACUGAAAACACACUUGGAGAUAAGGCUGGCUUAAACUCUGUAAAGCACAACUGCCUUUUUAAUCAGCUAAACCCAAAAUCAAUGCAUGUUAUUGAGUGUAUUAACCCAAAGUAGUCUAUUUUAAAAAUAAUCCCAGUGCAAGUGUAUAAAAUGUACAGUACAUUGAAACUAAACUGGAAAAAUUCUAUUGUACAGACAACCAGGAUUAAAAUACAGAUGCAAUUUA